AUGGAGAAUGGUCAAAUUCCACAUGAUAAUGACCGGGAGCAGGUCCCACCAGCAGCAGAUCCGCUAAUCGUGCAGUUCAUGCACCUGAUGCAGCAACAGCAGCUUCAGCACCAGCAGCUAAUGGCACAGUUUCUCCAGCGGCAGCAGCAAAACGACGAGCAGCAGCAAGCAUUUUUCCGGAGUGCAGUUUCAUCUAUCCACGUACAAGUACCACCCAACCCAGAGCAAAUUCUUGACUCUUUGGCAGGCAACGUGAAGGAAUUUCGCUACGACGCUGACAAUAGCGUCACGUUUGCGGCUUGGUACAGCAGGUAUGAAGAUUUGUUCGAGAAAGAUGCCGCUCGUUUGGACGACGAAGCGAAAGUCAGGUUACUGCUGCGAAAGCUGGGCGCAGUUGAACAUGAAAGGUAUGUUUCCUUUAUUCUACCGAAACUUCCGAAAGAACACACCUUUGCCCAAUCAGUAGCGAAGCUGAAAAAUUUAUUUGGGUCGAAAGAGUCGGUAAUAAGCAGGCGGUAUAGAACGUUGCAAAUCGCCAAGCACCCGACUGAAGACCAUAUUGCUUUCGCUUGCCGUGUUAAUAAAGCCUGCGUUGAGUUUGAGCUGGGAAAGCUAUCGGAAGAGCAGUUUAAAUGCUUGACAUACGUUUGCGGAUUGAAAGCAGAAAGCGAUGCAGAAACCCGUACACGGCUGCUUUCCAGGAUUGAGGAAAACAAUGGCGUCACGUUGGAGCAGCUAGCGGAAGAAUGCCAGCGUCUUCUUAACCUCAAACAUGACAAUGCUAUGAUCGAGUCAGCCACAUGUUUCGGUCAAGUGAAUGUCAUUAAGCAGCGAUCUUCUGAUAAACGGUUCAACAAACGGGAUCAGCCAUCUUCGAAGCCUGCUGCAAACGACACGAGGAAAAAACCUGAUACACCGUGUUGGUUUUGCGGUGCAUUUCACUACGUACGGGACUGUACCUUCAAAAACCACAAAUGCUCUGAAUGUAAGCAGUUUGGACAUCGUGAAGGCUACUGCAACAGUUCAAAAAAGUCACAACGUUCAUCGAAAAAGGGUAAUCAUUCGGUGGCAAGCAAAAUGGUCGUCGUUAAUGUGUGCAACGUGCAGAAGCGAAGGAGAUUCGUUUCCGUUACGCUUGAUGGAACACAGGUUCGUCUUCAGUUGGAUACGGCUUCCGAUAUUACCGUCAUCAGCCAGCAGAUCUGGAAGAAAAUUGGCAGCCCAAGGUUGUCACCAGCAACAGUAAAAGCCAAGGCAGCAUCUGGAAACAUUUUGCCACUUGAUGGUGAAUUUAACUGUGACAUCACUAUCGGCGAAAACACACGCACGCAGAUAAUUCGUGUCACCGAGAAACCACUACACCCGCUUGGAUCUGAUUUAGUCGAUAGUUUUCAUUUGUGGUCCAUACCAAUGGAUACUUUUUGCUGCCAAGUUACUAGUACCCCGUCCACCAGUGGAACUCUCAAAGCUACUUACCCAAAAGUGUUCAGCGAAAAGCUCGGGUUGUGCAACCGGACCAAAGUUAAAUUUGAGGUAAAAGAACAGUGCAAGCCUGUUUUUUGUGCCAAGCGUCCGGUGGCGAAUGCAAUGUACAGCGCAGUCGACCAGGAAUUGGACAGUGCCGAUCGUCAGAUUGAUCUUUCGGACGCUUUUCUACAGGUGGAAAUCGACGAACAGUACCGUCAUUUGCUGACAAUUAACACACACCGUGGUCUUUACCACUACAACCGCCUUCCACCUGGUGUAAAGGUAGCACCUGGUGCUUUUCAGCAGCUCAUCGAUACCAUGCUAGCCGGCCUUAAGGGCACUUCUGGUUAUCUCGAUGACGUCAUCGUUGGCGGUGAAACACAAGAGGAGCACGACCGUAAUUUGGAAGCAGUUCUUCAGCGGAUUCAGGAUUUUGGUUUUACCAUCAGAGCCGAAAAGUGCAGCUUCAGUAAGCAACAGAUACGCUAUUUGGGCCAUCUAUUCGACCGACGUGGAUUGCAACCUGAUCCAGUAAAAGUUGAGGCAAUAACCAAGCUACCUCCUCCCACUGACAUUUCAGGUGUUCGCUCUUUCCUUGGGGCGAUCAAUUAUUACGGCAAGUUUGUGCCCAACAUGCGACAGUUGCGCUAUCCGAUCGACAACUUGCUGAAGGCGGAGACAAAGUUCGUCUGGAAUUCGGAGUGCCAGCAAGCGUUCGAGCGAUUCAAGCAGAUUCUCUCCUCGGGACUUCUGCUGACACACUACGAUCCGAAGCAGGAGAUUAUAGUAUCGGCUGACGCAUCAUCCGUUGGCCUCGGAGCAACCAUCAGUCACAAAUUCCCCGAUGGGUCCAUCAAGGUUGUUCAGCAUGCUUCCAGAGCGCUCACGAAAGCGGAACAAAACUACAGCCAGCCCGAUCGCGAAGGUUUAGCAAUCAUCUUUGCAGUCACCAAGAAAUUCCGCCUACAAACCGACCACGCUCCUCUGCUUCGAAUUUUUGGUUCUAAGAAGGGUAUACCGAUGUAUACGGCAAACCGGUUACAACGUUUCGCCCUCAAUCUGCUAUUGUACGAUUUUAACAUUGAAUACGUGCCAACCGACAAAUUUGGCAACGCUGACGUAUUGUCUCGUCUAAUCAACCAACACGUUAAGCCAGAGGAGGAUUACGUCAUUGCGAGCAUUAUCCUCGAAGAAGAUGUAAGGUCAGUAGCCGCAGAUACCGUUAAUAUGUUACCUCUCAGUUUCAGAGUCGUAGCACAGAGUACCCAAGCUGAUCCACUGCUUCGCAAAGUCUUCCGGUACAUACAAGACGGUUGGCCUUCAUCAAAAACCGUCGAUCCGGAGCUUAAGCGGUUUCACUCCAGGCAGGAGUCACUUACUGUGGUUGAUGGGUGUAUUCUGUUUGCUGAACGACUCGUCAUUCCAUCGCAGUAUCGAAAACGAUGCUUGGACCAGCUUCAUCGUGGACAUCCGGGCAUGCAGCGGAUGAAAGCAAUCGCCAGAAGCUACGUCUACUGGCCCUCCAUAGAUGAUGAUAUAAUUGGUUAUGUAAAGGCGUGUCAGCAUUGCGCAUCCGUUUCCAGGUCCCCUCCUUGCGCUGCUCCUGUACCGUGGCCGAAAACAUCCGGCCCAUGGCAGCGUGUUCACGUAGAUUUUGCCGGUCCCAUCGAAGGCGAAUAUUACCUCAUUGCAGUGGAUUCGUACUCCAAGUGGCCAGAGAUUGUGCAAACCAGAAGAAUCACCUCUACAGCUACAAUCAGCAUCCUGUGUGGCCUUUUUGCUCGACUUGGUAUACCAGUGACUCUAGUGUCCGACAACGGUACCCAAUUUACGAGCGUGGAAUUUGCUGAGUUUUGCGCAAUCAACGGUAUCGAGCACAUCACGACACCCCCCUUUCAUCCACAAUCCAACGGCCAAGCUGAGCGUUUUGUAGACACUUUCAAAAGGGCCGUCAAGAAAAUCCGAGAGGGUAGAGGAUCAAUUACUGAUGCGUUGGAUACCUUCUUGCUCGCUUAUAGAAGCACACCUAACCGUUCGGCUCCUGAAGGCAAAUCUCCAUCUGAACUUUUGUUUGGUCGCAAGAUCCGAACCUGUCUCGAACUACUUCGGCCGCCCCCUGCGACUGAACCGAAGCCAGUCGAGAAGCAGCACAGCCAGUUGAGAUUUUUCAGUCGGAAUGAUCCAGUAUUUGCCAAAGUAUAUGCAAGAAACAGUUGGAAAUGGUCUCCAGGUGUGAUCGUCGAAAGAAUUGGUGACGUGAUGUACAACAUCUGGGUGGAGGACCGCCGAAUGCUACGUUCGCAUAUUAAUCAACUCCGUAGUCGAACUGUAACCGGAUCAACCACCAACACAGUAGGACAGCAAACCAGAUAUGCUCAGUUACCUUUGGAUAUUCUGUUGGACGUGUGGAAGCUGCCGAACUUACCAACUGAUACAACAUCACAGUCAUCAUCGACGCUGCAGCCAACCACCUCACAAUGUGCAUCGUCGACACCUCGUUGUGAUCAGCCGCCUGAAUCGGUGGUUAGUCCAUCACUUUCUCCACUGUCUUCGUCAUCACAUGCAACAUCUUCCGAAUUUGAGUCAGCAGUUGAAGCAGAUCCGGUGGCAGCACUACCACGCCGAUCUUCGAGAGUUCGAAGAGCGCCGCAGUGGUUUGACCCGUUCCACCUUUAUUAA